UUGGGCUGCGACAUCUCCAGCACCGCGCCGACCAGGCCGCCGCGGGGGAGUAGACAAGAUGCCUCCACGCAGCUGGCAAUCUCUAUCUCUCUCCCGUAUAUAUUCAGCUCCAUUUCCGGGGCGCAGCGAAGUCACAGGAUUCCUCCCUCCCUCCCAAUCCAUCUCCCCAUAUAUAUUCGCCGGCUCUCUCUCUCUCUUACUCUCUCUUCCUCCUGGCCUGCUCCUCUGGUUGAUGCCAUGGCGGUGUCGUCUCCCGCUCCGGAGCCGAGGAGGGCCGGCGGUAGCAGCAGCAGCAAAUGGCGCCGCGGCAACAGAAAGGUGAUCAACGGGUACAUCGGCGAGGCGCGGGCGGCUCUGGCGGCCGCGGCGGCGCGGGACGACGACGGCGGGGAUGACUCUGCCGCGGCGGCCGCGCUCGGGCUGGUCGGCUCGGUGCUGGAGAUGUCGCCGCGCAUGGAGGCCGCGCUGGAGCUCCGAGCGCGCGCGCUGCUCGCGCUCCGCCCCUACCACGACGUCGCGGAGAUGCUCCGCGACUACAUCCCCAGCUGCGCCAGGUCCUGCGCCGGGGACGACACUGCCACCUCCUCCUCGUCGGCGUCCUGCUCCUCCGGCUCCGGCGACCUCGCCUGCGCAUAGAGAACGAGAGAGAAAAACAGUUAUGAUGGAGGAUGGCAAAUUCACGGCGUCGAUCCGCGUACGCGCCAAGUUCAUGGCGUUGGAGUUGUCGGCCACGGCCGCGUUCACGUGGCAGUCUCGAGCACCCCUUCAGUGUCGCUUCUUCGCUUGGCUAGAAGUCAAGAACCGCUGCUGGCCAUCUGAUUGAUUGGCGCGACGUGGAUUACCGCAUCAGGUUACAUACUUACAUUGCCAUCUUUGCUAUCAGCAGGGCAGAGAGAAUACAACACCUCCUAAGAGCAUAUCCAACAACCGCCCAACGCGCGGCGAGCUAAAAACCA